GUAACUUGAAUGUUACUUGAUCUUCAGCGCAUUACACAAAACAAGAAGCCAAAGAACAAGAACCAAACGACUUACCCUGGCAGGGGUAGGCAAACCUUAAACAGAAUACUGAUUUGGUAAAACUUUUUGACAUUUAAGGGUUAGUAGUUUUUUUUGUUCUCAAGCUUUGCUUACCCCUGCUGGGGUGGGUGACUGGCGCAGGCAUCUGUGUCUGCAGCCGCUUACCAUGCAGAUGGUAAGGAAGCCAACAACAGACAGCCGCCAACAACUUGUUCCUGAAAUACUUGAGAGAGGAGACAUGUUUUCAACCAUUACCAAGGAGCUACAGUUCCCCUUACCCCAAAUCUUUUUCAAAACCUUCAUAACGCCACAUGAAAUCAUUCAAGCGCCAAAGGUCUUGCUGCGCUUCUCAUUUGAGUUCAGCAAAGAUUAUGAUGUUCACCAUUUGAGUCUUUGCCUCAGUGUUGGCGCCAACGGUGGAGAAACACAGAUAAUGGAAGAAGACAGUCAGCAGAAAGAUGCCCCGAAAGAUGCCCCUAAAAUAGUUUGCUCUAAUUUUACAUUUAAAUUAAAUAACUUUUCAAGAACUGAUUUCAUAUUAUUAAAUAAUAUAAAUACAAAAAAAAACCUACCCAUUACAGAUAUGCAAUGGGAGCAUUUCCACAAACAUUACCGUAAUCAACACGCUGGAAAGACAAAUCAACAUGCAUUAGCUGUUAUUUUUUUGGAAGGUGAUGAAACGAAGUUUUAUAAGUCUAAGCCACAAUUUCGAUCGAAGGGGAAUUCUGAAGCUAAAUUCCAUGUCCACACAGAGCAGCUAUUAAUUCAAGAAAUUGAUGAAUUUCUACAACCGAAUAAACAGAAUGAAAGACCCAAAGUGGAAUGUAUUAUGAUUUACACGUAUAAUAGUCCAUGUCUAAAGAGAGAAACUCAGAAUAUUGACCCUUGUAUGUAUCUGUUGUCAGUAAAAGCCCGUGAAUGGUUCAGUAAAUACGGAAUUUUUACUUAUGUCUUAUUUACACAAUUUUGGGGACCAAUUGGACGAAAUUUUUUAAAAGAUGAUGGAUACAAAGAUCUUCUUUACUUAAUUGCGGAAACACAUGAUAUCACCUUCCGACUGGACAGCAAGGAUAUAGGUGAAACACUGAAUAAAAUUGAUUUACAGCAGUUACUGUCCACUGUUGAAGGCAAAGAUAGAAACAAACUACUAGAGGAGUUUAAAAAGGCUAAGUACGAUAUACAACAAAUUAAUGAGCCUUUUACUAUUAAAGAACAUCUGGACAGAGGGGAAAAGGUUAUUGCUUCAUCCACAUUUCCACCAAAAGCACAAGUUAAAACGAGCAAAGAUUUAUCCAAUGCUUGGCAUGAAGGCGUUAAAAACACUGCAGUGGAACAUCUUAGAGCGGCAAUAACAGCAGACUGCAACACUGUAAUAGUGAAAUGUUUUCUAUUAAAUCUUGAGUCUAUUUUAGGGAACAGAAGCCCGAUAAAGUUUUAUCAGAUAGAUCUCUAAAGGUAUUGGUUUAAAAUCUCAAAACUUCUCUUCUGUAUUUCGAAACUUUGUUGUUUGCUCUGUUCUGAGCUGUUGGCAAUAAAAGUAUAUUCAUCCUC